AUGAAGACAGUGACCCUCAGCCUCCUCUUCUUCUUCAUUGCUGCCAAUGAAGCCAAAGUAUUUACCAAAUGUGAACUGGCUGCACUUCUGAAAUGGCAUGGACUGGAUGGAUACCAUGGCUACAGCUUGGGCAACUGGGUCUGUAUGGCUUAUUACGAGAGCAAGUGCAACAGCCAACUUGUGGACCCGAAAAACUCCAAUGGGAGUCGGGACUAUGGGAUUUUCCAGAUAAACAGCCGCUGGUGGUGCAACAAUAACCAGGGAACUACAGCUAAUGGCUGCAAAAAUCCUGCAGUGGUAAUCCUGGAUGAUNNCAUCACAGAUGAUAUUGCUUGUGCUAAAAGAAUUGUGUGUGAUCCCAAUAAGAUGGAUGCCUGGGUAGCUUGGUGA